UGGAUGGUCAUUAUGGCUUGUAACACCCUUAGGGGGCGUUUGGUUGGGGGGUUUCAGGAAACGGAAUGGGAAUGAUUCCGUUUCUUGUCGUUUGUUUUUCCAUUUCAAUCAUUCCCUUUACCCUUUUUUAUUUUUCACUUUACCUAAAAUCCCUCUAAUCUCAUUCCCUACCCCCCCCCCUGACUUUUGCAUUCCCAUUCCCCUCUUCUUUACCCACUUCUUCAUCUCCUCUCUCUGAGCACCCCUCUUCUUCAUCUCCUCUCGGCGAGCACCGUCAGCGACCACCACCGUCAGUGACUACCGUCAGCGACCACCACCGUCAGCGAUCACCGUCAGCUUGUUCAAGCGCAUUUCCUCUUCCUUGAAAUCGACGAUAAACUCUUUCUUUCCGAUUUAAGUAUUAUGGAAGAAAGUAGUGCAAGUGGAGGUGGAAGGGGGAGAAACAAACGAUUUUGGACUGCUCAAGAAGAUGAAGUCCUUGUGGAAGCAUUGUCAGAGCUAGUUGUAGAUCCUCACUGGAGGUGUGAAAAUGGAUUCAGAAGCGGCUAUAUGGUUCGCUUGGAGGAGGUCAUAGGUAAGGCUCUUCCUGGUUGUGGUUUAAAGGCUACACCACACAUUGACUCUCGGCUUAAGACACUUGGAGCCAAGUUUAGGGCUAUUUCUCAAAUGUUAAAUACAAGUGGAUUCGUUUGGGAUGAUGAAAAAAAAAUGGUUUCUGUGGACCGGGCUGUUUAUGACGAGUUUUGCAAGAGUCAUCCUAAUUGCAAAAACUUGUAUGGAAUUUCUUUCCCCCACUUUCAUGAACUCGAGAAAAUUUAUGGCAAGGACUAUGCUACUGGAAAACCAGCUGAAGGUUUUGCUGAUGCAGUCAACAACUUGGAAAAAGUUGCCCCUCCACAAGUUACACUUGAUUCAAGUGAUGAUGAGGAUGUUCUAUGUAGUGGUAAUGUCACUCAAACUGUUACCUCUCCUCCUUAUAAAAAGAUCAAGAUUGAAAACACUACAAAAAAAAGUAAGAGAGGAAGUGGUGGUGCCGGAAGUUCUAAUGAGCUCGCUAGCUUACAAGCAUUUAUGAAAGACAUGAAUGUUCAUCUUUCCACUAUGGCUACUGUGAUGGCACGCACUGAUGAUCGUGAACAACGUGCGGAUGAAAGAGAGCAAAAAUUAGUUGAAAAGAGUGAACAAGUGCUAGAGGAACUACUCUCUUUUAAUCUUGAAGGUGUCACUCCUACCCAAGUUUUUGAAGUGGCUAACAUUCUAACCGCACAACCUAACAAGCUCAUGAUAUUUUCAAAGUGUCCGGAUGCUUUGAAAGGUGCUUAUGUUAAGAGUCUUCUUGGAGGAAGCGGUGAUGGUAGUGCCUAAUAAAUUUUAUGUUAUGGUUUUAUGUAUGGUUUUGUAUUAGGAAGGAUUAUUGGCAAAGACUUUGGUUGAAUGUCAAUCUUAUUAGAAUACUUUUGGUAUGAACUUUUAUCUAUGAACAAGUACUUUGUAAUCAAUGGAGCAUGAAAAAUGUUA